AUGUUAUCUGUUAGUGACAGUGAUCCCUUUGAUGAUCCGGUCAAAUAUAGACAGCUUGUGGGUGCUUUACAAUAUGUCACUCUCACUCGUCCAGACAUUACCUUUGCAGUCAACAAGGUCUGCCAAUUUAUGCACUCUCCCACCGUUAAUCACUGGGCUGCUGUCAAACGUAUUUUAAGAUAUCUUCUUGGUACAGUGGAUCAUACUCUUCUGUUUUCUCAGUCGUCUACCACAGUCUUACAUGCUUAUACAGAUGCUGCUUUCAACUCCUUGAGUGCUUUCUCUAAUGCGGAUUGGGCUGGCUGUCCUGACGACCGUCGAUCCAUGGGUGGAUAUGCGAUAUAUCUUGGAUCGAAUCUUGCCUCUUGGUCUGCUAGAAAACAAAAAACGGUCUCACGUUCCUCUACAUAA